UUAUGGCCCUGUGUUCAGCCAGGCACAGCCUCUGCUUUGCUGCACAGGCUGCUUACAUUGCUGCUACAGACAACUGUGGCCACGCUCCCCUGCAGGUAAGGCGGUUUUCUGUUGGAUGGGGUCUGCUCUAGCCUCGUUUUUCCCCUGUGCAAAAAGUUGGCUCCUUUGACUGUACUGCACACGGGCACCUGAGAAUUUGUAGGUGAUUGCACAUCGUGCUGGUUGGCUGCAGGAACUGGCAUAGUUUUGCAAGGAUGUGAUUAACUGAUUCAGUGUGGAGGGACUUCUGGCUGCUUCUGACCCAGUUCCUGCUGUAACCAGAGGUGUGCUGUGUGCCUUGCCUCCUGUUGCUGCUGCUCAAACUCUGGCUCUGGCCCUUUGGCCCUACAGUACAGCUGGAGGGGGGAAAGGGAGGGAAAGGUCAGGCCCAGCUCCGUGGUCUUAUUGCCCUAGCAUUACAGGCGGCUUCUGCCACUCCAUUCUCCAGACUGUUUGCUGCCCUGUCCAGGCUGGCUUGCCAUCUGGCAGCAGGAGAGCCUGGCUGCCCAGCCUGUGGCUGUGAGGAGAGCAGGGCCGAGCAUGUUAUUGCUCCCUCAAAGAGGAGGGUAUGUAGCUUCAGGCAGUGUCUGGGAAAGCACAGCAAGAGCAGACACUGGUUCCCUGGGUAUCUUUUGGUGCAGUUCUUGUCCCUGGGGCACUAAAGGCAGGUAGGGCUGGGAAGGUGCUGUGGCAGCCUGCAGCUCUGAGGGCUGAUGUGGCAAGUGCUCCUCAGAUAAGAAUGGUGAUACCUGGAUCAGCAGUUCUGUGCUCACUUCCCUACUGGGGAAGGAGAAGCAAUUCCCUUGUGUGAGGCUGGGAUCAGGUGGCCCAGCAUCAGUGGGCAAGCAGUGUCAGCCAGCAUGCGUGGGUCAGAGACCCUUCCUCUUACUGCACAUCAGCUGCUUUGUUUGCUUGCCCUGAGCAUCCAGGUAGAAGUAAAUCUUGCUUUCUAGAGCUUGCUGAAUAGGCUACCACUUCCUCUGAGGCUGCUUGGUCCCCAACCACAACCAGAACAGCCUUUUGUGACAGGAAGCGGUGGCUUCCCUAUGAGAGGGGACUGGUCUGCGGCUACUGGCAAAGCCGCGCAGCCACAGGUCCUGCUAGAGCAGCUCUGUGGUCUCAGAGGUCCUGCUGGAGGUGGUAAUGGUAGGGGCUUCUGGUGCAGCUCUGGGCUUGCACCACCACACAGGGCAGCAGGCGCGCUCCAGUCCUGUGCCUCAGGCUUUGCUGAGUCAAGGCUUCAGCAUCCUCUGUGAUCGAUCCAGCAGUGCUCUGGGGGAUGCUGUGGGGUGUCUGAUGGUGAGUCUUCCACACAGUACCAAAAGCAGCCAGAAUUUGGGAGGGUCAACAAACCAGCUGGAAAACUGGUGUUCAGAGCUGCAACUGCCAGAGCUGGUGGCGCAGGGCUGCAGCAGGCUCCACGGGAGGCAUUCAGUCAGGCAGGGAGGCCUCCAGCCUGCGCCAUGCCGGCGGCCAUGCCGGCUUGCACUGUUGUGCCUUGACUUUGGGCGAUGUGGAGGAGCAGCAAGGAGCAGGCAAUGCGUUGUGCAGCUGGGGCUGUGCGUCCACCCCUCUGCCUGUAGCAGAGUGCAGAGCUCCUAGCUCCCAACUGCCCCGUGCUUUUCACAGGGUGUCUCAACAACAGAACAGAUGGGGAGCUUCUACCAUUAACCAACAGUCCAUCUGUGAGUAGCUCCUUGGCAGGAGGAGAGCUCUGUUGCCUCCUUGCUGCUCCGGACACCCCGCGUUGGGGCUCCCUGUGGACAGGAGCAGGGAGCGCCCAUUGCCCUACGGUGCGGGGGUCCCAGCCGGCCAGCCCAGGGCCUCCUGGCGCGCCUCUCGCCCCCCGUGCCAGUGAGGCUCGGCGGCCGCCGCCGCAGCUCCCCAGCGGCCCUUGGGGCCCGGUCUGCCCCUCCGCCUCGAGCAUCGCCGGCCCACAGGGCCCCACUACCCCCGGCCCACCGCCCGGGCCCCGCCCGGUUUCCGGUGGCCGCCCUGCCCCCGGAAGCCCCUCCCGCCGGCGGCAGGCGGGGCGGCGGCGGCGGCAUGGCCACGGGCGCGCACUGACUGACCGGCGCGGCGGGGAGCAGCGCGGAGGAUGGCGGCGGUGCGGGCGCUCUUGGUGCUGGCUGUGGGCACUCAGGCAAUGAUCCUUUUCACCAAGGAGCCAUACUCCCAGGAUGCCCUGCACGGCCGCAGCGCCAUCCUCCGCUGCGAGGUGAAGGACCCAGCAAAUGUGGAGUUUGAAUGGCUGCAGAAUGGACUCCCUGUUCAGGACACAGAGCAGCGCUUCAAGGAAGGCAGCAACCUCCAGUUUGCUGCUGUUGAUCGGCACCGGGAUGCCGGGGACUUCCAGUGUGUAGCGAGGAACUUGCUCACUGGGGAGGAGAUGCGCACAGCCAAUGCAUCUUUCAAUAUCAAGUGGAUUGAGACAGGCAGUGUGGUGCUGAAGCAGCCGGCCAGCAUAGCUGAGAUCCAGCCCUCCUCCACAGUGGUGCUGCGUUGUCACAUCGACGGCCACCCGCGCCCCACAUGGCAGUGGUUUCGGGAUGGUACCCCCCUCCCCGACAGCCGCAGCACCUAUUCUGUCAGCAACAAGGAGCGAACGCUGACCCUGCAGAGCGCCAGCCCCGAUGACAACGGUCUCUACUACUGCUGUGCCCGCAGUGCUGUUGGCUUUGUCUGCAGCCAGAACAACUUCACGCUGAAUAUCAUCGAUGAGAGCUUUCCUCAGGCGGUGAUCGUCCCACAGGACCUCAUCGUGACCAAGAAUGAAGAGGCCAUGUUUGACUGCCAGUUUGUAGCCGUGCCCCCUCCUACACAGGAGUGGCUCUUUGAAGACAGCCCCAUCACCAACAGAUCCAAGACCACCGUGUUCGCCAACGGCUCCCUGCUGAUCACCCAGGUGAGGGCUCGCAGCACCGGUGUCUAUAAGUGCGUUGGCCGUGGGCAGAGGGGGAAAGCUCUUGUGCUGAAGGCAACUCUGCGGCUAGCAGAGAUCGAAGAAAUGGCACCCUUCUCCCCGAAGGUGCUGACGGCAAACCAGGGGCACCGUGUGGCCUGUACUGCUCCACGAGGCAUACCCACACCCCAAGUCUGGUGGGAGAGGAACCAGGAACGAGUUCCCACUGCUGGCAGGGUGCACCAAGAGGCAGAGCACCUCGUUUUCACUAGUAUCACCGAGAUGGAUGCCGGGACCUACACAUGCCAUGCUGCCAACAAGGCUGGAGAGAAGAAACAGGAGCUGAGCAUCACCGUGGCUACGGUACCCAAGUGGGUGGAGAUGCCCAAGGACAGCCAGUUGGAGGAGAGCAAGCCAGGAUACCUGCACUGCCUCAGCAAGGCCUCCCUGAAACCCACCGUCACCUGGUACCGCAACGGUGUCUCCAUCUCUGAGGACUCGCGGUUUGAGAUCUCUGAGAAUGGGACACUGCGCAUCAACAAUGUGGAGGUAUAUGAUGGGACCAUGUACAAGUGCGUGAGCAGCACACCAGCGGGCAGCAUCGAGGGAUAUGCACGCGUGCAUGUGCUAGAGAAGCUGAAGUUCACCCCCCCGCCCCAGCCACUACAGUGCAUGGAGUUUGAUAAGGAGGUUACCGUGUCCUGCUCAGCCACUGGCCGGGAAAAACCCACCAUCCAGUGGACUAAAACAGAUGGGAGCAGCCUGCCAUCCCACGUCAGCCACAAUGCUGGCAUCUUGUCCUUCCACAAGGUGAGCAGGAGUGACUCAGGGAACUACACGUGUAUUGCCUCCAACAGCCCGCAGGGCGAGAUCCGUGCCACCGUGCAGCUCGUGGUAGCAGUUUACGUCACCUUCAAGCUAGAGCCAGAGCCCACGACAGUGUAUCAGGGGCACACAGCCAUGUUCCAGUGCCAGGCAGAGGGGGACCCCGUGCCGCACAUCCAGUGGAAAGGGAAGGACAAGAUUUUGGAUCCCGGCAAGCUCCUGCCCAGGAUUCAGAUCAUGCCCAAUGGCUCCCUGGUGAUUUACGACGUCACUACCGAGGACUCUGGAAAAUACACCUGUAUCGCCGGCAACAGCUGCAACAUCAAGCACCGUGAGGCCUUCCUAUAUGUCGUAGACAAGCCGGCAGCAGAAGAAGAUGAGGGACCUGGCAGCCACACACCCUACAAGAUGAUCCAGACCAUUGGGCUUUCAGUGGGGGCGGCUGUUGCCUACAUUAUUAUCGUGCUGGGGCUGAUGUUCUACUGCAAGAAGCGGAGGAAAGCCAAGAGGCUGAAGAAGCACCCAGAGGGCGAGGAGCCUGAAAUGGAGUGUCUGAAUGGUGGUGCUUUGCUGCAGAAUGGGCAGAUGACAGCAGAGAUCCAGGAAGAAGUGGCCUUGACCAACCUGGGCAGCAGCUCUGGGGCCAGCAAGCGCCACAGUGCUUCUGACAAGAUGCACUUUCCGCGUUCCAACCUGCAGACAAUCACAACCCUGGGGAGGGGGGAGUUCGGUGAAGUGUUCCUGGCCAAGGCAAAAGGUGCAGAGGAUGGCGAGGGUGAAGCACUGGUCCUGGUGAAGAGCCUUCAGACAAGGGAUGAGCAGCUGCAGCUGGACUUCCGGCGAGAGGCAGAGAUGUUUGGCAAGCUGAACCACACCAACGUGGUGCGGCUUUUGGGGCUGUGCCGUGAGGCAGAGCCACACUACAUGGUCCUGGAGUAUGUGGACUUGGGGGACCUGAAGCAGUUCCUGAGGAUCUCCAAGAGCAAAGAUGAAUCUCUGAAGCCACAGCCCCUCACUACCAAACAUAAGGUGUCUCUCUGCACACAGGUGGCCCUGGGCAUGGAGCAUCUCUCCAAUGGUAGGUUUGUGCACCGGGACUUGGCAGCCAGGAACUGCCUGGUCAGUGCCCAGCGCCAGGUCAAGGUCUCAUCCCUGAGCCUCAGCAAGGACGUGUACAACAGCGAGUACUACCACUUCCGCCAGGCCUGGAUCCCGCUGCGCUGGAUGCCACCCGAAGCUGUGCUGGAGGACGAGUUCUCCACUAAGUCAGACGUGUGGUCCUUUGGUGUGCUCAUGUGGGAGGUCUUCAUGCAUGGGGAGAUGCCCUACACCCCACUGGCAGAUGAUGAGGUCCUGGCAGGUCUACAGUCAGGAAAGACAAAGCUCCCGCACCCUGAGGGCUGCCCUUCCCGCCUUGCCAAGCUGAUGCAACGCUGCUGGGCCCCCAGCCCUAAGGAUCGACCCUCCUUCAGUGAGCUCGCCGCCGCCCUUGGGGACAGCCCAGCUGACAGCAAAGCCUGAGCAUCCCAGCCCUUGCUGGGGAAGGAUGCAGCGGGGUGGACAGGGGUCUGUAGGUGCCUGGGAAGCCCCUGGCACUCCUGUGGCCCCUUGCUGAGCCCAACCCCGAUGCGCCAGCGAGCAGCUCGGCACCAGCAGCUGCUGGACUCAAAGCACAAGCCAGUGUACCCCAGCCCCCUCCACCCCUCUACUUCCCAGGUCCCAAAAGACAGCCCUUGCUGCCCCUUGCUCUCCGCCUGCCCAGCCCGGCACCCUUGGGCUGCUGGCAUGGAUGGAGCGCAGCUCCUCCUCACCCUGCAAGAGCUGGGCUCCAGCACCAGGCUCUCUGUCCCCACUCACUGUGUGCGUAUGUGCCGGCCUGGCCCGGCCUCUCUCUCCGUCCGUCUGUGCUAGGCAUGCCUGCAUCCCCUGCGCACCACGGGUACAGUCCAGCCAGCAGGAACACAAAGUGCCUGGCAUAUGAAGGAGCUCACUACCUUUCCCAACUACCCUGUGCCUUUUUUUUGUAUGAUGACUCUGGGCAGUGCCCCCUCUCUCCCUCUUCCUCUUCCAGAGCGCUGACUCCUCCCUACCAUAGUAUUUCUGUUACUGGAAUGCAGCCUAGAGUGGAUUAGUUUGUUUGCUUGAGCCAGAGGGUACCGCAGCCAAGAAGGGUUGGGUUUUGUUGGGUUUUUAUGUGCUGCUCACAAUAAAGAAGGCUUUUUUUUUUUGUUUUGU